ACGGAUUGCUUUUCUUUGCUCUGAUUGGCGGAAGGAUGUCUCGUGAAAGGUCACGUAUAUUUGGCGCUCUUCGUUCACUAGCGGACUGGCGCGUUUUUGAAGCGGCAGGAAAAAUGUCGAGAAAACUGGUUCGGCUCAGAGCAGCUCCUGAAAUACUGAAGUGAGGACCUGGGCGCUUCGUUCAGAUACCUUCUUCCGAACUGGAAAAUGCUCGGAGGAGCUUCAGGAGCUGCGCACAGCCGGGCUGCCGGGAGACUUAGUUAGCUUGUUGUUUUACGGUGAAACCUGCUGACAACAAACAGCCGUCUGCUUCAAACCGUGAACGACACAGUUGUUCUUUAUUUACAAACAUAGUAGCGAAUAAGAAGCAGUCAGACAACAGGCCUUAAAUACGCAGUAAGUUACGGGAGCAACAUUUUGGUUCUUUUAAUGAUGGCUGGUGUUGUGGCCUUGGCUUCUGUCAUUGAGGACUUUGACACUCAGCCUUGCAAAAAAUCUCGCAAAGAUGGUGGCAGCCCUGUUGUCAAGAGGAUCACAAAUUAUUUCUCUCCUGUUCCCAAACCCGCGGAGAAACCCCUUUCUCUUCCUCGCUCCAGUAACAUCAUGGACUACUUUAGCCGAAAGGCUCCAUCUUCUAAAGAAAAGUCAAGUCCGCCGCAAGACCUCAAAGAAAACCGUCAAAAAUCUCAGUCUAAAGAAAAACACUCCAACACAGAAGUGGGGAAAAAGCCGUCUGAGAAACGGGGCAGAAAGGCCAACAGAGCAGCGAGGAAACUUUUGCCGACUGAAGCAGUCGGUUCCACCAAUGACCCGAGCUGCCUGGUUGUUGAAGAAACACAAGAAAGCAAAGACUCUACGAUAGAGGGCAGCAAUGGGUCCCUGGGCAGCAACACGGCAGCUUUGAUGUCGAAGCUUAGUGUAGAGACAUGUGAAUAUGGAAUAUCUGGAAUCUGUAAAACUGUCAGUGAUGAGCAGACAGAUGGAAAUUCACCUCAAGAAAGUAAGCCUAAAUGUGAAAAUAAUGACGAUUUAAAUCCAAAGCUGACCACUACUACAUUAUCUCCAAAUGCGCAAGUAAAACAGGUUAAAAAGGCUAGAAAAGCAACAAAGAGCCAGCAAAAAGAGACAAAGCAUCCAGAGCCGGAGGAGAAGGAAGCGGAGCGGUCACCUUGUGAUGUUAGUAUGGACGUCAACUUGGAUGAGACCUCCCUGUUAAACAGCAGCACCGUAACCAUCUCCUUUGAGGAUUUUGUGCGGAGUCAAAACAAGACUGAGGAGGACAUUGAAGACGACAAAGAUAAUGGUAAAAACUUAGAAAAGGCAGAUGAAUUAAACGAUGAGCCGCUGGACAUCCCUAAAGCUGAAGACAGUGUGGGUCCAUUCCAAGUCUCACCACGAACUCUCACCAUUCAGGCCGAGGUGCACGCCGUUUCACCCAAACAGAACACCGUCAAAGCUGUCGGGAAGGUGGCUUCAAUCUUCACCAGGAAAAAAGGUGCUACUAGCCCUGCAGAGUCCGCUGCUUCUCCUCCAACAGACGACUCACGUCAGCUUCCUUCUAGUUCUUCAACCGUCAAACGGAGGUCCAACGUGGUUCUUGAAGAGGAGGAUCUGGAGCUGGCUGUGAUUGAGAGUGAAUCGACUCCAAAGUGCGGUGUAGCAGAGAGGAAGCAGUUCAUGGCUGCCUUCAAGCAGCCCAGUCUGGAUGGGUCCAAGGCUAAACCGGUUAAAAGCCAAAGCAAACAGAAGCAAGCUGAGGAGAAGACUGUGGAGGCUGCAGACAAAGCUGAUGAGGAUGUUUCAGUUCCUUCUGCGGAGCAAGGCUCUCAGGACAGCAAAGCAUCCAAGGGGAAAAGUGUGAAAAGGGGAAGAAACAUAGCUAAAGCUAAACAGGAGGCAGUGAACACAUCACCUGCUGCUUCAACUGUGAAAGAAACAGAGGUUACAGCCGUUGCAGACGAAGAUAAGAAAGAAGAGACUCCUAUCACCUCAACUCCUACAGUCCCAGCUCUGAGGAGGUCCAGGCGUGAAACUGUGGUUAGAAAGUCACCUGAAAACACCUCAACUACUCCUGUGAGGAAAACCAGGAGACAGAAAGAGUCAAAGGAGGCUCGAAUUGCCACUUCACCUCAGGUCAGCCCUGCAAAGAUGUCUACGCCGAAGACACAAAGGUCCAGACAUGGUGUCUUUGUAGUAGAGAUGGUGUGCCCGCCAGAUGCUAGUGAAAGUCCAAUCAGAAUAAGAUUAAGCAGAGUUCAUAAAAAGACUGAAAGUGGAAACGACGCAUCCGCUUCCUUAAACAAUAAAAUACCUAAUGAGUCCAAGAAAAGACAGCAGGCGAAGAAAUUAGUGGAGAAAGCUAAAAUGAUUCAGCAAAGCAAGAAAACCACAGAGAAGGAAACGCUAAGGCGGUCAUCACGAACGAAGACCUCCACCAAGAACCGCUACUGUGAAGAUGAGGAUUCUGUUAUCUGUAUGGAGGACCUAACCGCUACUCCUCAGAGCGCACCGGAAAACACUAAAACCCAGAAGACCUUACGUAGUCUGAAUGAAGUUCUUGGCAAAGCUACACCACCUGGCAAAGACCCCAAAACUGUCCCAGGCUCCAAAGCGGCCUCGUUGGGCCAAGAAAAGUCUGCUCGGAAGGUGUCGGCAGUGAUUUCCAUCUUCGAUGACAGCAGUCGUGAAGGAUCUGAAAACUCUCAGGAUGAUGAGCAGUUCAAAGCACGAAGAGAGUUCCUAAAGAGCGGUCUCCCCGAGUCUUUUAGGAAACAGAUCGCAAAGACUGCUGCCACCAAGGAGGCCUACUCUGCCUCCUCUUCAUCCUUUCAGCCGGUCUCACACACAACACAACCGCCUAAUGAUUGUUCUCUUUGGAGUCUGCCAUGGCCUGAAUCUUCAUUGUUGGGUCAUUUAAAGAAUCUUUGGAGCCACACACCGACCCCACUUCCACCCGUUAGCGGGUCUCUGUGUGUAAAGACACAACCAGCCUGUAGAAAUUCUUAUGAAACGGGGUCAGUCUGGACAUCUGGAAUCUCUGAAAGUGAUCGACAGCUUCUGAUGAAGGAGUUCUGCUCCAAAAACCCCCACUUCCCGGUUGAGAUGGUUUUCGCUCGCCUCCAGAAAAGAUGCGCUGACCAUCAGCAGCAGCUCACAGCUUCAGAGCCAGUAGCUGUGACCAAAGAAGACUCCUGCGUUCCACUGCCGGAUGAAACUGUUAGAGGGAAGAGAAAGAGGAAGGAGGAUGAGAAGGAGACUACUGUGAAGGUAGCUAAGAAGCAGAAGUCCAACCAUUCAGAGGAGAACAUCUCCACAAUUGACCAGGAACCUCCUAGAAGGGGAGGCCGCACCAGACGAGCUCAGAGAUCCAGAAUAAAGGAGGAGGAAGAUGAGAUGAAGGAGAAAACUAAGCCUAAAUUGAAGUCCGCUCUCAUCUCCUCUGAAGAGGAUUCUGUGGUUGUAGUGGACGACCUCACUUUGGAAGCGGACUCUAGUAGGAAAGAAUCAGUGAAGGAAGAGUUGCUAUGGACUGAUAAAUACCAGCCGCAGCACUCUGGUGACAUCGUAGACAACAGUCCUGGAGUGAAGAGGCUUUACAGUUGGCUGAAAGAUUGGAAGCUUCGUGCCGACAGAGACGAGAGAAAAAAUCAGAAGGAUAAGAAACAAGAAGAGGACAGCAAUGAUUCAGAAUGGGACUGUGGAGAGGAGGACUACCAGGAUGCUGAGGACACUUUAUGUAACACGAUGCUCAUCACCGGACCCACUGGGAUUGGAAAAACUGCUGCAGUUUAUGCUUGUGCUCAAGAGCUUGGCUUUAAGGUGUUUGAGGUGAAUGCUUCAUCUCAGCGAAGCGGUCGUCUUAUUCUGUCCCAGCUGAAGGAGGCAACUCAGUCCCACCAGGUGGACAGUCAGGGGGUCAACGCCCACAAACCUACUUACUUUAACAGCUACGGACUGACCAGCAGCACCAGCUCUGCCAGGCCUGGAUCUUCUCCAAGAAAAGUUAACUCUCCUCGCAGGCUGGUUUCUUCUCCCAGGAAGCAUCCUCAGUCACCAAGAAGGUCUAAAAAAGGAGACCUGGCUCCUACAUCUUUAGCCAAGUUCUUUAAAAUGGGGCAACCAGCCAACAAAGAGGCAGACAACAAAAAACAGACAGCUCCUUCCAAGAAAGCCAUGAAAGCCGGUGAGAAAUCCACAGCAACCAGCACCCCUAAAGAGAAACGCAGCGAGGAUCAGAGCAAGAAGACGGCCACAUCGCUCAUCCUCUUUGAAGAAGUGGAUGUUAUUUUUGAUGAUGACUCAGGAUUUCUUGCUGCUAUCAAGACAUUCAUGAGCACUACCAAGAGGCCAGUCAUCCUGACCACCAGUGAUCCAGCUUUCAGCAUCUUGUUUGAUGGAAACUUUGAAGAGAUUCAUUUUAAAAAGCCUUCAGUAGUGAAUGUUUGCAGCUACCUGCAGCUCCUUUGUUUGGCUGAGGACAUGAGGACACGUCCCUCAGAUGUCAGCUCUCUGGUCAAACUUAACGGCUGUGACAUCCGGCAGAGCUUAUUACAGCUUCAGUUCUGGGCUCGGGGUGCAGGAGGGCGCCUCUCAUCAAGGCCAUUGAUGCAAACUGGUCAAAACGAAACUGAACUGAAACCAGAGACUAAAGAAGCGGCCGAUAACUCUGUGACCGUCCCAUCCUGCCACUCUGACAGCAAGCUGGGCCUGCUGAAUAUAGAGCCUGACGGAGACAUCUGGGAGCUGCUGAGGUUUCAACAGAGCCAAAGUUUGAUGGAGACGACUGUUUGCUGGGAGCUUCUUGAAGACGGCAGGCGGCGAGGAGUUGAUCUGCUCUAUUCAAACAUGGAGAACCUCUUACCUCUACCUCUGACGCAGCUAUCUACCUCUGAGCUCUCUAAACCCAAGCGAUGUCUUUCUGUAUCACAAGACCUUCGAUCUAUGAGUUCAAAACGGCGGCUACCGUCCGCGUCCCUGCAGUCGGAAACGGUGCAUCCUGGUGUCGGCUCGAUGCACGCUGCAGAGUCAGCUGAGUUCUCAGACAGUUGCAGCCCAGUCAAGGUGUCCAGCAGAAUGAAGAAGAAUAAAAAACGGCGCCAUCUGCCCACCAGGAAUGGGUUGCACUCUGAUUCUGACUCAGAAGAUGGGUUUCCAUCUCUCUGCAAGACGCAGAAGGAUCCUCAAACAGAAGAAUUCAAAGAGAGAGUUGUUUCUGAGAGGGUGAACAGGAAGCCGCUGACUACGGAGGAGCGAAUGAAAAGUGUUCCAGUCUCACAGUGUCUUCAAUCCAUAGGUGACUUCUGGGACAACAUGUCCCAUGUGGAUUCCUCCCUUCUUUUUCACCCUGAUGGGCUUAACAGUUACAGAAGAUCGUCUGUGAGCGCCGUCAUCAAAGAUGGGAUGACUGAUGAGUCAAGAAUCGAGACCGGAAGAGGAAGCUGGUCCACAGGAAGCCGAGUCCUAGAGAUCCAGGCUGCUGUGGAGGCGCUGAGCUUUCACAAGUGUCGAGCUUCAGUGACCGAUGCCUGGGAUAAAAUGCAGCGGCUGGAUGGAGAUCUGAGGAAUGAGGCUACAGAGGAGCUCACUCUUCCUCUGGCUACUCAUCGAGAAGAUUACAGCUUCACUCAAGACGGACUCAGUCACCCACCGUUAGCCCAGCAGAGGAAGGAAGUGAUGGAGAGGCUGUUUUUUAAAGUUUUUGGCACUCUUGGCAACAGACAGGCGGCUGCUCUGGAUUACCUGCCUGCCAUGCGCACCAUCUGCAGAUCAGAGCAGCUGAAGGAGCGGGGAAAAGUGAAGAGAAGGUUCCUGCACUAUCUUGAUGCGAUCCACUUGGGUCUUGAGAAGAGUAUGCUACAGUUUCUUGCUGAAGACUUCCCCUAAUUGACUUUGAUUUUGUCAUGAUUAUACAUGGGUCACAAAUAAAAAGAUCUAGGAGUCUCAAUCUCUGGUUCUCAGAAGGUAGAAGUAACAUGAGUUGCGGCAUCUGAUGGACCUCAGCCUGAGAUCGGUUGCUCUUGUGUGCACAAAAGGGACUGUCUGCACUUAUUUUACCAACAUCUAAAUACAUACAAUCCCUGAAACAAAGAGCACACAAUUAAAUAACCUCACAUUUGACAUCUUUUGGUGCUUUGAGACCUUUAUAUGAAAUUCAUCUGGAAAGUUGGGGAUUUUGUACAGUAGUGUUUUGUAGCUUCAUUUAUUAAUGUUUUAAAUAGUUUUUUAACUCUGUUUUUUUUUUUAACAAAUGGAACAUGCAGCUCAGUUAAAAGGUGUGAGGUAUUUUUUAUAAUUGUAAGAAAUAAACCUGUAAAAUACAAACUGCUAUAUUUGUAAAGGCUGUGUGUAAAUUAUCACUAAUGAUCUUGGUUCUUGCUGUUUUUAUCAUAGACAAGCAGCUUUUAACAGGAAUCUUAGUCAGCUCUGGGUGUCACAUUCAUCGUUAUUUUUUCCAGCCUUAAAUAUGUAUAAACAUUUUUAUCUGUUUUUUUGUUGUGAACAAAUAAAGGCUUUACCCAACUGA